AUGGCGACCAAAGGCCCGAGAUCGGAUGAAGAGGGAAAAGGGGACCAUGAUUGGGAUGCCCCUCCCCCAUAUGAAUUGCACUCCUCCGGCUCUGUUCUUGCUAGCUCCUUUGCUGUCACUGCCGAUGGUAGACUCAAUGUCGAGUUCUCGUCGACAGCACCUCAGGAGUUGGAGAGGCUUCUGCCUCCAGUGCCGACACCUCAGCCUGGAGAGGCCCAGGCAGAGAUUCGAUGCCCUACUCUUAACAUCGUCAUUCAGGUUGUUGGUAGUAGAGGCGAUGUGCAGCCGUUCAUUGCCCUGGGGACGGCCCUACGCAAGUAUGGACACCGGGUCCGACUGGCAACCCACGAUACCUUUGCCAAAUUCGUGGGGGAGUCCGGCCUGGAAUUCUAUCCUAUCGGCGGCGAUCCGGAGGACUUAAUGGCCUAUAUGGUCAAGAAUCCAGGGCUUAUUCCAUGCGUCGAAAGCCUUAAAGGGGGCGACAUACCCAGGAAGCGAAAGAUGAUCUCCGAGAUGCUUCACGGCUGUUGGCAGUCAUGCAUUCAACCCGACCCAGUUUCCAAGAACCCAUUUGUGGCAGACGCCAUCAUUGCCAAUCCUCCAAGUUUUGCUCACAUACACUGUGGGCAGGCCCUCGGUAUACCUGUGCAUAUUAUGUUUACAAUGCCGGCUGAAAACAUCAAUCCCAAGGCAUGCAACUAUCUCAGCUAUGGGGUGGUUGAUUUGAUGACUUGGCAGGGCCUAGGCGACGUAAUCAAUGGAUGGAGAAGGAGAGAGCUCUUUCUCGAGCCCCUAGCAGCCAGCAUGGCAUUGGUACCCAGACCGGUUGACUGGGAUAUGAGGAUCGAUGUCUGCGGGUUUUUCCUGCGCGAACCCCCAAAGUACACCCCUCCGGACGAUAUCGUAACUUUCCUCGCAGCAGGACCGGCUCCAUUAUACGUCGGGUUCGGCAGCAUUGUCCUUGAAGACCCCCUGCGCAUAACCAGAGUCAUCAAGGAGGCAUGCAUAGAAGCGGGCGUCCGUGUCAUCAUCUCGCGCGGAUGGAGCAAUCUAGGCGGAGAUUCCCCAGCCACCGACGAUGUCUUGUAUAUUGGAGACUGUCCUCACGAGUGGCUAUUCCAACAUGUGACAGCCGUCGUCCACCAUGGGGGAGCCGGCACUACUGCUUGUGGUCUCUACCAUGCGCGGCCAACACUGAUCGUGCCAUUUUUCGGCGAUCAGCCGUUCUGGGGUGAUGUUGUUGCCGCGCGUGGUGCUGGACCAAAGCCAAUUGCCUCCAACAAACUGGCCGUGCAGAACUUGACCGAAGCCAUCAUGUACUGCCUCACAGAUGAAGCAAAGCGCGCAGCGCAGAUGGUUGCCGACAGCAUGCGCCACGAUGACGGUGUGAACUCGGCAUACGCGGCAUCGUGGGUCUACUCGAAGCAGAGAUCUUUGAAGCUGUCGAAUGCGGCACUCAAAGUGCUGGUUGCCCAGAACCAGCUAAGUCUAUCCGACGUCGAGCCCUACCGGCCGAGGCAAUACGACACGCAAGUAUCUCGAUGGGAUCCCCUUACAGCUGGAGCUUCAUCUGUGCUGGGAAUAGCAACCGAGUUUACCUCUGCUCUAGGUGGGACUUUUGUUGAUCCUUACAAGGAGUUUAGGCGGGCUCGCUCCAACGGGGUCGAUUCUUCUGGGCCCGCUGCGUUGGCGGCUGGAAAAGGAUUGCGAAACGCACCCGCGCUUUAUGGCGACCAACCCGAAAAUCAUGGCAAAGUCACAGACUGGAAGAGCGGUGGAGCGGUGGCAGCAAAGAACUUUGGGGCCGGGUUUUAUCAGGGCAUCACGGGAAUUGUCACCAAGCCGAUGGAAGGUGCAAAGAAAGAAGGAACCGUCGGGUUACUUAAAGGUCUCGGCAAAGGAUCUAUUGAAAUGGUGACGAAACCAGGAAGUGCGAUGUUUGGCGUGCUAGCAUAUCCAGCUCAGGGUAUCUAUAAGAGCAUCAGGUCGUGGGACAGGAAGGCGUUCGAGCAUGCAGUCGAGUCUCAAAAGUGGUCUAUGUUUGAGACGGACCGGAUACAAGGAGAUGCUGUGGAAGUGGUCACUAGAUUCAAGAGCUUGAUGGAUAAAUGA